AUGUCGAGGUAUCCUACGAUACUGCCGAUCUUAGCGGACGUGUUGCAGAGAAGCGUGCCUCAGCUAGAACACACAAAAUUUCUUCAUAAAAUCAGGAACAUGGACGACUUAUACGAACCGACCAACGUAUCACGUCCGCUAGCUAUAUAUUGGAUCAAUUUGCAAAGUUCAGCGGAUCGUCAUCACUUGAUCAAAUCGCACUUGGAUGCACUUGCGGCGAAAUUUGAAAUACGAUCUGAACGGAUCGUCGCAGUCACAGAGCAGGAAGCUGUGCAGAAUUCAGACGUUUUCUCAGGGUGGUUCCGAUUCACUAAACAUGUUUCGUACGAACACCACACGCAGAAUAUUUACUCUUUCAAAGAACUCGCAUGUCUUCAGUCGCAUCUUCGUGCUUUAGAACGUGCUUUCGUGAACGGCGAUGAUAUUGCUAUCAUAAUGGAGGAUGAUGUGCUGCUACGUGAAGAUUUUAUGCAUAACUUCAACCGUUACGUGCAACGCGCACCCAGUGACUGGAAUAUCUUACAACUGUACACUUUGAAUGAAAAGGUAAUUCGGUAUUUCCGCAAACUGCGACAAACUUACUACAUCAAAUGGUUCCCGGAACACUGGUCUACUGGUGCAUAUAUUAUUAAUCGUCAGGGGCUUUCAAAAGUGCUACGUGCCGCGCGUGAGAUGCUGAAACCUUCACAGCGAAGUGGAAUGGAUCGAGUUCUAGUUGCAGAUGAGUUCCUGUUCAUACACGCAGAGACAUAUACGUCCACGUUCGAGGCUGUCCGUGGUUGUGACAUGGGGUCGUCGAUACAAGACUCGCACAUAAGUUCUGUCGAUGUGAGUGCUGCAUAUCGUACAAAGUUGGAUUGCCACAUGAAAAUAAAUGAUGCCGUUCCUCGUUCCAUACUGAUCGUUUCGACUGUGCGCGUCAACGUUGUGUCUGAGCUGAAGACUAUUGUUGCUCGGAUCACUGCCAACACGAUGUGGCUGCAAAAGAGUGUCUUCCGUGUUGAGAGUCGCUUGUACGUAGUUGUGGACUCGUCAUCAAAGCUACAGAUGCUUGCACGAAGAUUCGCUGAUACUCGCAGAGCAGAUCUCGUCAAAUUAGUUUUCAAAGUACACGCCGGACGAUAUAAUAAGUUCUGGUUCAUACGAAACGAAGUUCCCUUCAUGCGAUUGUUCGAGAAAGUGCUGAUUGUGGACAGUGAUAUAAGCUUAGUGGGGUUUCCUGAACGUGAUUUUUUCGAUCUAACUUCGGGUGUGGUGAUUUCAGCCCCUCUACGUAGAUCGAAGCGAGACGGUCUUCUGACAAAUCAUAGACUUACACCGCGCCAGUGGUUUGCUGCGUUCUCUGGUGGAGGUUGGGAGUAUAAAAUUGAUGACAACGCUUUUGAAGUACCAUUUAUUGAAAUGUUCUGUGUUUUCAUGGAUACUUCGUUUGCUCACUGGUAUUUUAGCAUCGUAUUAGAUGAGAAGUACUUUCAUCCAUCCUAUGGACUCAGUCAAACCAGGUUAUCAUCUGAUUUCGGCCCGGAUAUAAUGUGGUGCGGAGCAGCUCAAGAGUGGAUCAAACGUGUUACGGAAACAUAUCGAGUCCCAUGUAUGUUGACGUCACUUGUCGUUGAGCAUCUGGAUGAAAGGCAAAUAGAAGGGCAGUCGGUCGAUGCUAUCAAUGAUAAGGGCAGCAUUUCUCGCAUGGAACAAGCGCCUCUAAAGGCAUACGGCGACAACUUUCCAGAGUGGUUUGAUUUUUCUAAAGCAUUUAGGAAACGAAUUGGCGGCUUGCGACGCUUUGAUAGCGCUUUUUUGAACUACAUGAAGCAGUAUCGGCACGUUUCCAUCACCAGAUGUCUCGACUGA